AUGGCAGUCAAUGUUUACUUCACAUCUUCGACCAGCGACAACCUGAGCCACCAUGACAUGUUGGCCUGGGUCAACAACUCUCUCAAGUUGAACUACACCAAAAUCGAGCAGCUGUGUUCGAGCGUGGCCUAUUGCCAGUUCAUGGACAUGCUGUUCCCCGGCUCCAUCACUCUGAAGAAAGUCAAGUUUAUGGCCAGGCUCGAGCACAAGUACAUCCAGAACUUCAAACUGCUGCAGGCGGCCUUCAAGAAGAUGCAGGUGGACAAGGUCAUCGCGGUGGACAAGCUGAUGAAGGGCAAGUUCCAGGACAACUUCGAGUUCCUACAGUGGUUCCGCCGCUUCUUCGACGCCAACUACGACGGUCGGCCGUACGAGGCGGUGGCCGCCCGCCAGGGCAGGAGGCGGGCUCGUCUGCCGGCGCCUCGGGCCUCCACUUCAACAAGCCCAAGAAGACGCUGA